AUGGCACAUGUUGAUGAUGACGAUUGGGAUGAUCUCUUGGACGGUGUUUUGGACGAGUUUGCUGCUCCAGUACCCAUGCAACAACAGCCAUCAGCUGCUAUAACAGAUCCUCCCAAACAGUCGGAUAUGUCCUGUGCAGCUUCUGCUACAAAUCUUGAUAGCACCGAGGCAAUGGAUCAAGAGUUUAUGGCCCAGCUUGCAAAAAAUAUGGAAAUGCUUUUACAGCCAGCUUCAAACUCGUCAGCAACAUCUCAUACCCAGCAAAAUGCAAUUGCCGAUUUGUUGAAAGACUCGAAUGGAGAUGCAGAUACAAUCAAAAAUCUGGAGGAGCUUCGGACCGCAUUUGCUGGCCUUUCCAAGACUACAGAAAAGGAAGGUGUUGAGCCAAUCCGUGAACCCAAACAGUUUCAAGAUCAUGUAGCCCAAACCAUGAACAAGCUGCGUGAAAGUUCUGACAAAGCAAAGGCUCAGGCCAACGAAGAUAUGCGGGGUGGAUCUUCAUUGGAUGAUCCUUUGAUGGCCGACAUGUUAAAAGAACUUGAGGGGAUGAUGGACUCGGAAGGAUUUGAAGAUAUGUUUGGAGGAUUUGUAGACCAGUUGAUGAAAAAAGAGUUUCUAUACGAGCCUCUAAAAACUCUUUCUGAAAAGUAUCCUCCAUGGCUGGAAGCCAACCGAUCUUCUCUUACUGAGCAUGAUCGUGUCAGAUAUGAAAGCCAACUCGAGGCAAUUUAUGAAAUUAAGUCGAUAUAUGAAAAACUCCCAUCAGAUGAGCCUACUUCUGAACAGUCCAAAGAAAUCAUGGAUUGCCUUGCAAAGAUUCAAGGAUUUGGAAACCCACCAGACGAAUUGAUGAAGCAAAUGAUGGGUGGAGAGGGAGUAGGGUCAGAUGGCAUGCCAGAUAUACCUGGAGAGAAUUGCAAUCAAAUGUAA